AUGUCGUGCUUGAUGACUCUGAAACAAGAAAUAGAGGCACUGAAGCAGACGUUCACCGAAAACAAUGAACGGUUCCAAGUUCUUACCGCGUCCUUGGAAGAGCUGAGUUGCUGUUUUAUUGGCAGCAACGGUGAGAAGUAUGCCAUUCAGGCAAAUAUUGUGGGAACUUACCCUUCUACACCGCCAAUAUGGUUUGCUGAGACCGAGGAAGCCAGCAUAACCGACGCUUUGCAAUUGCUCACGAAUACUAGUGGUCAAAAUAAUCACGUUGUAAAUCAGGUCGAUAUAUUAGUACGUGAACUAUGUAGGAUUUAUGAUAUUCCACUCCCUCCUACUUUGGGCAAUUUAAAAGCUCAGUUUCAACCCCAAACAUCCGGGACGUGCCCACUUUCUAAUGAAGUAAGUCAAGGGAUGCAUCAAUUGCAGCUAGAAAAGAGUAGUGAUUCGGAUCAUGAUGAUUUGGACUCAUUGGAGAGUGAAAAUGAUAUGGAAGAUGAGGAAGAGCAACCGAAGCCAGGACCAGCAGUGGAAUAUUUUUCAAUACUAAAACGAAUACGCGAUGCACCAACGGAGAAUCGUUCGAAGGAGUCUAUUUCUAGUUCGGUUCGGCUGAUGAAAGAACUGCACGAUAUUUAUCACUCCGAUUCGUACGAAAACGACAUUUUUUCGGUAGAAUUGGUUAAUGAUUCGCUUUACGAGUGGAAUGUACGACUAAAGUUCGUCGAUCCCGAUAGUCAACUGCACAAAGAUCUCGUUCUACUGAAACAACAGCAAGGCGAGGAAGGCAUCCUGCUCAACAUUACGUUCAAGGAGACAUACCCGUUCGAUCCACCGUUUGUGGGUGUCGUAUAUCCGGUAAUUUCAGAUAGCUAUGUCAUGCCCCAUGGGGCGAUCUGUAUGGAACUGCUCACGAAUGAUGGCUGGAGACCCGGAUACACCAUCGAAGCAGUUAUCUUGCAGAUAGCGACUACAAUAGUCACUCCACGUGCGCGAGUAAACUUUCAAGCUUCAAAAACUAGAUGUCCAUUUAACUUGGAGCUCGCACGGCGGGUUUUCAAGCAGGUGGAACAAAAGCACGCUAUUAGAGGUUGGGGUAACUUAAACAAGCGCAUAGGAUAA